GCGAAAGAAGAAUGCGACCAGCUGAUGUGCUCCGUGUCAAGUAUCUACAGCCCUGCAGAGCUUGAAGGGGUGCAGAAAGAGGCACUUGAGUUUGAGCCUGACUGCAUGCCACGAGAUGACCCGCAGCGUCCACAUCCUCCUGAAGACCAUGCUCCUCUGGAGGAUUUCCAGCGGCUUCGCCUUCUAGACGGCCUGGACGGAGUGCUCAAUAGCGGUCGAGGAAAAAUUGAUAAUUGGCUUGACAACCUUAAAACGCAGGAGAGGCAAGAACAACUUCAGGAGAUCGACGAAUGGUUUGUCCAAUUCCAGGACAAGGGACCAGAGCUGGUCAGCUUCUUCCGCAAUUGCGAGACCGAGGUCGAACAGGGCCGAGUCUUGUGCCAGAGAUCUGAAAACUUGGUGAACAAGCUCACGCAGGAAACAGCUCACACUCGGCAAGAGGUUACCGAAUUUGUUGACCACAAGCUCAAGCCGAUGGCAGGUGGUGGGCAGGGUGGCAUGGUCCAUGCAAUUGAAAAGAAGCGGAUGAUCGCGCAAAUGAAUCAUGAUCAUGCACGACUUGGCUAUGAGACUGUGGAGCAGCAGAUCCAGGAAGUUGACGCA